CGAUGAACACGCGUGUGAUCAUUGCUACAUGUGGGCAACAGUAGAUAUCUCUUCACAAGAACACAGCCACGCCAACCCCGUUGGAUAAAGCAGCUUCUCCAUCCUGAAUCAAAGAGCUGUCAUCUUCAGCAGCAGUGCAGUGUAAAGGCAAAGCAACCCCGGAGCUCACUUAUUCCUACUCUACAAUAGACUGGAAGAAAUUGCAUUGUAAGGACAUUCAGGCCAUGAAAACUAGACUUGGGUGCCUGUCUAACAAAUCUGACUCAUGCAGCGAUUUCUCAGAAUUCCUGCCGCCUGCUCAAGAAAGGUCCACAAGGAACUUAAAGUUAUCCACUGAUGAAGUGUCCAGAUGGGCAGAUUCCUUUGAUGCUCUACUGUCCAGUAAAUAUGGUUUGGCAGCCUUCAGAACCUUCCUCAAAUCAGAGUUUAGUGAUGAAAACAUUGAGUUCUGGCUGGCUUGUGAGGACUACAAAAAGAUUAAAUCCCCUGCUAAGAUUAUGUCUAAGGCCAACAAGAUCUACAAGGAAUUUAUUGAGGUUCAUGCACCCAGGGAGGUUAACAUAGACCACAGCACCCGAGAGGAAACCAAACAGAGGCUUCUGGAGCCAACUUCCAACAGUCUCAAUGAAGUACAAGCAAAAGUGCACAGCCUCAUGGAGAAAGACUCCUAUCCACGGUUUAUACGAUCAAAGAUGUAUCAGGACUUACUGAACAGAGCACAGAUACACUAUCAGAGGAAAUCUGUUUAAAAGUGAAUGUCUAUAAAAGACAGCUUUUUGCUUGCCUGGUGAAAUGACACUGAGAUUAAACAGACAUUAAUUGUAAUAUAGAAUAUGGUCUGAGUGUUUAUGAAGUAAUUAGAUCAGAGUUAUCCCAUAAGAAUUGUCAGAACACAAACUAGGUUUUUGCUAGUUUCUAAUGUAUGAUAUGACCCUGUACUUCACCUCUUUAACAUGUGGCUAGAAUGGUGAUAGAAUAGUCAAUGUUUCUUCUGAAUGCUGGCAAGCAUGUAAAUGUAAAUUCAGUCUUUACAUGGGUAAUAAGUAAUAGAUGAUAGUAUGAUAAUGUAUUAUUCUUAUCUUUAUGUUAACUUGUAUACACAUUUAUACUGAUUUGUUUCACAACCCAAGAUAUGUCUAGUGUGUAACUGCAUGCAGCCUUGGCCUGCUGUCAUGUCUCAAUAAUUAAUUCCCCUUAAAAUAUGAAUCUAAAAAAAGAUAUUGUAAAAAAAAUUAUAAUAAUUAAACACACCGCAUAUAAACCAAAAGGGGGGAAAAUAUAGAUAUAUUUAUUUACCACAAUUUGUCAUCGUGUGAUAUUUAUGAUUGUUUAUUUUGUUGUUCAUUAAUUUAUUUAAGAUUACUUUUAUGUACAAAUUACAUGUUCUGCAGUCAUGAAUACUAGAUCAAGUAAACCA